AUGACCGGUGUCACGCCGCCGAGUGGCAAAGCUGGCUCGCGGAGCGAACUAACUUGGACGCACAACAUGCAGCCGAAGUCGCAGCGCUGCGUCAUUGUAAACUUGCCAUGUGGGGUCCAUGAACUGAUCCUGUGCAUGUGUGAAGCGUACGACAUGGAGCAUGCUCGGCUGAGCGCCAUCGCCCAUGUGCAGCGCGACAACGCCAUCCGAGCGUUGGCAUAUAGCGGCAUGCAGAUCGAAGACUGGCGGUGGGAAACCCACUUGACACCCGACAAAGUGGUCGCAAUGACGCCGUCCGACCCGACGGGGGUGGCAGUGGUCCAGGAACCACCAUUUGAUGUCGCCGAAUGGAUCAAUUGGCUCAUUGAACGGGCAUUGCGUCAAGCAGACGUCACCGCGCUGCAAACGGCGUUGCUCCAUGCUAACAUGCAACUGGCUCGCACACAGUCCUUGUACGACGACUUGGUCGUGACGUCGGAGGUGGCAGCCGCGCUGUCCAGUGUAAUCACAGAUGUAGUCAUGGGGGGCACGACCUCAGCACCGCGACCCGUCUUGGAAGCUGCGACUGCCCAAGCCGUGCCGUCGGCAAUGGCAUCACUACUCCAACGCACCAAGUGGAAACAUCGUGCAGAUUUGGAGCCGCCGCAAGAAUACGCCAACCUGAUCGCGUGCGAACUCGACAUGGAAGUGCUGAAAGAGCAGCUCGACUCGCUCAAAGGUGGUGACCUGCCAUCUACCGCCCAGGCCUUAACACUGAAAGGUUUAGCCCAAAGCACCACGGUCUUCCAUGCUAAAACUGCCGCCAAACAGCGCAUCAAAGAGUGGCUCCAGCAGUUCCAAGCCACGUACAACCGAGACCCGACGUUGUCAGAUAAAGCACAGGUGAAGGGCUUGUACGUGGCGUUCAAGCAAGCCGAAGACGAUCACACACGGCUCAAGCAGGACACGGCGGCAGCCAAAGCUGUGUACGAAUUAAAAGUUGCAGAAGUCGAAGCGCUCCAAGGCUCGGUCAACAUGCGGCAAUUCCCGCACCACACAUUGGUGGCGCACUUGCGAGCUGCCUUGGACGAUACCCACGCAAAAGUCGAAGCGCUUCAGUCGCGGCUCAAGACAAUGACCGUCGCACCAGAGCCGCGCAACCCCCCCGUGCCGGACCAACGACCCCUCUCGGCGGCACUUCAACGGCAACCUUCGCUGCAAGGACCAGCCAUGACCGCAACACCGAAUGUCCCCCCAGCGAUGGCCACGCAGCCGUCGUUAACGGCACUACCUGCCUCAGAACUCCCGCUAUCAUCCCAUGAAGUUCGACCGGUUGCUCCGUCUCCCUUGCCAGUAUCUGAGGCCCUGCCCGGAAUCGACGCGCCUUCACAGCCGGUUGUCGACACCCAAGAUCCGCGCUUCUUUGACGUGCAGUCGCCGCCCGUCUUGCGAGAACUCCCGACAGCGUCGUCAAUGCAACGUGCCGGCGGCUCGCUGGCUGCUCCGUCCAACGAUGCACAGAAGAGAGCGUCGUUGGGCGCGUUUCCAUCCAUCGAUGCGCUGUCCGUCAUGUCGACCCGGGAAGGUCCGAUGCCGGCGAUGCCCGAAGGCAGCGCAUUGCCACGACAAGUUGCAACUGAUCCAACGACCUCUCAGUCGGCAGAGGUCGUCCAGGAUCUCCAGAACGCCCUGGCGGCCGAGCACGAAGUCUCGCGCGCAUUGAUGGAAACCCAAUGUGCCUUGCAAGAGGAACUACUGUCGUGGCGCAUCCAAGCGGCGUCGACCGGCGGAGCUAGGGUCGGCGGAGACGCAUCCCAGGACGGAGAUGAUGAAGACUUGAACGACCGGGACGACCGCAACGGAGUCGUCAAUGACGCAGACGUCCCCGCUGACGUGGUGGCUACCAGCUUGGCCGCCGAACCCAAGUUGCAAGGCGACGUGAACGGAGACGACGUCGGCGCCGCGAUUCAGCGCGCGAAAGGUGCCAUCGAAGCCGGCAAAAUUGCGUGGAACCAAGGGGACAAGGCGGGAUGCUACACCAUCCUCGCGAGCGCCUGCCACGCGAUUCUCCCAGCUGCCAAGGGACAUGCAACGGAUGGAGUGGUCGUGAGUAUGGCGAUCACGGAAGCUGCGACAGUUGGGCCAGCCAAAGGCGCGGUCGUCCUUCGCAAAGCAUUGGACGCAUUCGUUGCUGCACACCCCAACGCAGAUGCAAACGUUGUUCAGCCACAGCAAAGUCAAGCCAAGGCGCAGCGCAUGUCCACCGCGGCGGCCUCGAGUGGUGGAGGGAUCGACGGACCGGCCAAGAAUAACGCAACCGCCGCCAACGAGUUGAAGCAAAAACUAAAAGUGGUCGAGUCCAAGUGGAAGGCCGACCGGGUCAAGCUGAACCAACUGGAGCAAGCCCUGGCCAAGGCGAGUGCAGGAGGAAGCAAAAGCGAUGGCGACGCCGUGGUGGAGCGUGUAUGGGCCAAGAAGCUCGCGGACGCGGAAAAGAAAGCUCAAAAAGUGUUGGAUGACGUGCAAACCCAGUCGGCGCGUCAAGUCCAUGCGUUGAAAGCGGAUUUGGCGCAAGCGACGGCAACUGUCGCGGACAUGACUGGCCGCGUGCACGAGCUCACGGCAACAGUCACCGCACUGCGCACCCAAACCGCGCGGAUGAGCGAGCUCGAGAAAGACUUGGUGGUGUUCCAGGCCGAAGCUGCGACGGCAGCCACCUUAUCGACGACCUUGACUACGUUGACGCAGCAGUACGCGACGCUGGAAUCGCAGUACCGAGAAGAGCAAGCACUGCGCAAAAAGUACUACAACACGAUCGAAGACAUGAAGGGAAAGAUCCGCGUGUACUGCCGGUGCCGCCCCAUGAGCACGAGCGAACUCGAGCGCGACUGCCAGUCCUGCGUCCGAUUUCUUGACGACUUUACGCUCGAAGUGGACACUGCCCGCGGCCCGAGGAGCUUUACCUACGACGCUGUUUUCAAUCCAUCCCACACCCAAGAUCAAGUGUUUGAAGAUACCAAGCACUUGCUCCAGUCCGCCUUGGACGGGUACAACGUGUGCAUUUUUGCGUACGGGCAGACCGGGUCCGGCAAGACAUUCACCAUGACGGGGACGGAAGCGCACCCGGGCAUCACGCGUCGGUUGAUUCACCUCAUGUUCUCGUUGCAAACGUCGCAAGCUGCCAACCAAACGAUCGCUUACGAAGCGACCAUGCUCGAGCUGUACAACGAUCAGCUCAUCGACUUGCUCGCGCAGUUGGAUUCGUCGUACAAAGAAGACAAAGCGCCGAAACUCGACAUCAAGAAGAAUGACAAGGGGAUGGUGGUCGUAACGAAUGCCGCGUCCAAAGCAUGCACGUCGGCGGACCAAACGCUUCGCAUGUUUGACGCGGCCAACAAGAAGCGCCAAGUCGGGUCGACGAAAAUGAAUGCUGAGAGCUCCCGGUCGCACUCGGUCUUCACCGUGCUCAUUCAAAACUACAACAAAACGACCAAACAGACGAGUGUGGGCAAGCUGAGCCUCGUGGAUCUGGCGGGAUCGGAACGCGCGGGCAAGACUGGCGCGACGGCCGAGCGGCUCAAGGAAGCGCAGGCCAUCAACAAGAGCUUGAGUGCGCUGGGCGAUGUCAUUUCGGCGCUCUCGACCAACGAAAAAUUCAUCCCGUAUCGCAACAACAAGUUGACGCAGCUCAUGCAAGAUUCCCUCGGUGGCAACGCCAAGACGCUCAUGUUUGUCAACAUUUCACCGGCCGACUACAACCAGGAUGAAACGCAAACGAGCUUGUCGUACGCGGCAAGAGUCAAGUUGAUCACAAACCAAGCCAGCAAGACAUCCGACAGCGAAGAAGUUGCCAAGCUCAAAGCGAUCAUCAAACAGCUCCAGGCUGGCGGCGUGCCCGUGGACGACGCGAGCGACGACGGUGGCGCGGCGACACGGCAAUAG